AGUUCUUCUGCCUCGCCCGCGAUGCUCACAAAGUUCGAGUCGAAAUCGUCCCGCGCCAAAGGCAUCGCCUUCCACCCGAAACGACCAUGGAUCCUCGUGUCACUGCACUCCUCGACGAUUCAGCUCUGGGACUACCGCAUGGGAACCCUCAUAGACCGCUUUGAGGAGCACGAUGGACCUGUCAGAGGCAUUGAUUUCCACAAGACGCAACCACUAUUCGUGUCAGGAGGAGAUGAUUACAAGAUCAAGGUCUGGUCGUAUCAGACCAGGAGGUGUCUUUUCACACUCAACGGACAUUUGGACUAUGUCCGGACCGUGUUCUUUCACCAUGAGCUGCCAUGGAUCAUUUCCAGUUCCGACGAUCAGACGAUCCGCAUAUGGAAUUGGCAAAACAGAUCAUUGAUCUGCACAAUGACCGGCCACAACCACUACACCAUGUGCGCCCAGUUCCAUCCCAAGGAGGACUUAGUCGUUUCCGCAUCUUUGGACCAAUCGGUACGAGUUUGGGACAUUUCUGGACUGCGGAAGAAGCACUCGGCCGCGCCAUCGUCAAUGUCGUUCGAGGAUCAGAUGGCACGUCAAAAUCAGAAUCAGGCGGAUAUGUUCGGGAACACAGAUGCGGUCGUGAAGUUCGUGCUGGAAGGCCACGAUCGCGGUGUUAAUUGGGUCGCGUUCCACCCGACACUGCCGCUCAUCGUGUCUGCGGGCGACGACAGGCUCGUGAAGCUCUGGCGAAUGAGCGAGACAAAAGCUUGGGAGGUGGACACAUGCAGAGGACAUUUCCAGAACGCUUCUGCUGCUCUAUUCCACCCUCAUCAGGACUUGAUCCUGUCGGUCGGGGAGGACAAGACCAUUCGCGUAUGGGACUUGAACAGAAGGACGUCCGUGCAGUCAUUCAAACGCGAGAACGAUCGCUUCUGGGUGAUUGCUGCACACCCUGAGAUCAACCUCUUCGCUGCUGGACACGAUAAUGGAGUGAUGGUCUUCAAGCUGGAGCGCGAGCGUCCUGCCUCUGCUGUCUACCAAAACAACAUUUUCUUCAUCAACAAGGAGAAGCACGUACGGUCAUACGACUUUACGAAGAACAUUGAGAGCCCAUCCAUGCUGUCGCUCAAGAAGCUCGGCAGUGCGUGGGUUCCACCGCGAACAGUUUCCUACAACCCAGCCGAACGAUCUAUCCUUGUCACGACACCUGCCGAGAAUGGCACCUAUGAGCUGAUGAGUCUUCCUCGGGAUGCGUCUGGUGCGGUUGAGCCAACCAGCACUCACCGCGGAACCGGUGCAGCCGCUGUUUUCGUUGCUCGCAAUCGUUUCGCUGUGUUCAACUCUGCCAACCAGCAAAUCGAUAUCAAGGACCUCCAGAAUUCGACGACCAAGACCAUUAAGCCCCCGGCAGGCACCACCGACAUGGUGUUCGGUGGGACUGGCUGUCUCCUGCUCAUCGCACCAACUCACGUUUACCUCUACGACAUCCAACAGAAGAAGCAGCUUGCCGAGCUCGCAGUUGCGGGAGUGAAGUACGUCGUGUGGUCUGGUGAUGGUCUACACGCUGCACUGCUCAGCAAGCACAAUGUCACAAUCGUCAACAAGUCGCUUGAGCAAAUCAGCACUCUUCACGAGACCAUUCGGAUCAAGAGUGCUACUUGGGACGACGCUGGCGUACUCCUUUACUCGACACUCAACCACAUCAAGUAUGCUCUUAUGAACGGAGACAACGGCAUUGUUCGCACCCUCGAGCAUGUCAUCUACCUUGUCCGUGUCAAGGGCCGGAGCGUCUACUGCCUGGACCGUGCCGCCAAACCCAAGAUUCUAACGAUCGAUCCGACGGAAUACCGUUUCAAGCUUGCACUUGUGAAGCGUCACUACGACGAGAUGCUGAACAUCAUCAAGACUUCCAGUCUUGUCGGGCAGAGCAUCAUCUCGUACUUGCAAAAGAAGGGAUACCCAGAAAUUGCUUUGCAAUUCGUGCAGGAUCCACAGACCCGAUUCGAGCUGGCAAUCGAGUGCGGCAACCUUGAUGUUGCCGUUGAAAUGGCAAAGCAACUAGACCGUCCACAACUUUGGCAACGCCUCAGCACCGAGGCACUGGCACAUGGUAACCAUCAAAUCGUCGAGAUGACCUACCAGAAGCUGCGCAACUUUGACAAGCUCUCAUUCUUGUACCUUGCUACUGGCGACCAAGAGAAGCUGCAGCGCAUGGCCAAGAUCGCUGAGCACAGAGGCGACAUGACCAGCCGCUUCCAGAACUCGAUCUAUUUGUCCGAUGUGCAGAACCGGAUAGAGAUGCUCAAGGAGGUCGACCAGUACCCGCUUGCGUACCUCACGGCGAAGUCACAUGGUCUGGAAGAGGAGUGCCAGACGAUUCUUGAGAUCAGCGGAUUGACCGAGGAUCAAGUAACACUUCCGACCGUCGGGCAACCCGUCGCUCCUCCACGGGCUGUUGCGCCCACAUUCCGAUCCAACUGGCCGACCAGGGCAUCUGGAACGAGCUCUUUUGAGAAAGCACUUAUGGCCGAAGGCGACGAGACUGUGGUGCAAGAUACGAACGGCUUUGUCGAAGAUGACUUGCUCGCAAGCGAAGAAGUCGUCGGCAACGGCGAUCUCGAGGACGGCGAGGACGACGACGCGGCAGCUGGCUGGGACAUGGGCGACGACGCCGUUCCAGAAGUCGAGGAAGACUUUGUCAACGUCGAAAGUGCAGAGGCAGGCGCUGGUAGCACUGAGGCCGAUCUUUGGGCACGCAAUUCGCCGCUCGCAGCCGACCACGCAGCAGCUGGAAGCUUUGACACGGCGAUGAAUCUGCUCAACCGACAAGUUGGCGCAGUCAACUUCAAGCCUCUGGAGGAUCGCUUUAUGGAGAUUUACCAGUCGACACGCACAUAUCUUCCUGCCAAUGCCGGCAUGCCACCGCUGGUCAACUACGUACGGAGGACAUUGAACGAGACCGACUCGCGCAAAGUCCUGCCGCUUAUACCACGAGACUUAGAAUCCAUUCAAGCCGCCGAGUUGUCCACCGGCCGCAAUGCAAUGAAGGCCAACAAGCUCGAAGAGGGCGUGGUGUCCUUCAAGAAGGCACUUCAUCUCCUCAUGGUCAACGCAGUCUCCACUCCCAGCCAAGCACAAGAAGCACAGCAAGCCGUCCAACAAGCCGCGCAAUACGUCCUCGCAAUGUCAAUCGAACUCGAGCGUCGCAAGAUCGUCGGCGGCGCAACAGACCUAAGCUCGUUCUCGGAAGACAUUCGAAAACGCAGUUUGGAACUCUCCGCUUACUUCACCGUGCCCGACAUCGAGCCUCAACAUCAGACUCUGGCUCUCUUUUCAGCCAUGAACUUUGCCAACAAGAACAAGCAGCUCGGCAGCGUGUUGAACUUUGCGAACGCUCUGAUCGAGCGUGGGACUAACGCCAAGUUCAAGGAGACGGCUCGCAAGAUGAAGGCCGUCGCCGAACGCUCCCCAACGGACGCCAUCGAGAUUGAAUACGACACCUUUGGCGAAUUCGACAUCUGCGCCGCGUCGUACACUCCCAUCUACGCCGGCGAGGCAAGCACCAGCUGUCCCUUUGAUGGAUCCAAGUACAAGACCAAGUACAAGGGCACCGUCUGUAAGGUCUGCGAGGUCUCCGCGAUUGGAGCGCCGAGCAGUGGGUUGAGGUUG